AUGCCGCUGCCACCACUCUGGGAAUGGUGCCUGAGGGCCCCCCUGCGAUUCAGGUCCGAUAUCCCCCUGCUCCCUGGCUCCCCACGCCGGCUGAGCCCUCGGGCAGGGGCCAGAAGGGGCCUGGGGCCCAAGCACGGACAGCAAUACCUCCUGGUGCUGGGUUCCGGAGCCUCAGGUCAGCGGGGCAGUUCCCAACGAGAUGCUGACCAGCCCUCCAGUGCUGAGAGCCCCCACAGCAGCUCUGUCAUCAACAACUACCUGUAUGCCAACGAGCCCUUGUCUUCGGAGGCCCGUCUGAGCCGCAUGCACUUCCAUGACAACCAGAGGAAGGUCGACUACGUGCUUGCCUACCACUACCGGAAACGUGGGGCUCACCCUGGCCACGGCUCUCCCGGCCACUCUCUGGCAAUUGUCUCCAAUGGGGAGAUGGGCAAGGAACCCCAUGCUGGGGGCCCCGGUGACAUUGAGCUAGGGCCACUUGGUGCCCUGGAGGAGGAAAGGAAGGAGCAGCGGGAGGAGUUUGAGCACAAUCUGAUGGAGGCUGGGCUGGAGCUCGAGAAGGAUGUGGAGAGUAAAAGCCAGGGAUCCAUUUUUGUCCGGAUACAUGCCCCGUGGCAGGUGCUGGCCAGAGAAGCGGAAUUUUUGAAGAUCAAAGUUCCCACCAAGAAAAUGUAUGAGAUCAAAGCAGAUGGCAGCAUUGCAAAGAAGUUCAAUGAGAUUCUGCAGAAGCUGAGCUCACCCCUGCAGCCCAGAGUCCCAGAGCACAGCAACAACAGGAUGAAAAACCUCUCCUAUCCAUUCUCCAGGGAGAAAAUGUACCUGUACAACAUCCAGGAUAAGGACACUUUCUUUGAUAAUGCCACCCGUAGCCGCAUUGUGCACGAGAUUCUGAAGCGCACAACCUGUUCCCGAGCCAACAACACGAUGGGUAAGGACCCCUUCCCCCAUCGGUGGGCAGAGUGCUGA